UUCCUCUCCAUUUUCUUCUUCCAAAGGACAUCUCGUUGCUGCAUAGAAACCAGCCCACUUCCGACCAAGAAAAUCACCUAACCUCAACUUGAUCCCAAUGGGUACAGCCAGAGUGAAUCAUGAUCUAAAUGACCAUCUCAACACCACCAUGAAUCCUUUAGACCCUGAUGAAUUCAGGAGGCAAGGCCACUUGAUUGUAGACUUCCUUGCAGACUACUACCAAAAUGUUGAGAAAUAUCCAGUUAGAAGCCAAGUUGAACCAGGUUAUCUCCGAAAAUGCCUACCAAAAAUUGCUCCAUAUGAGCCUGAACCCAUAGAAACUAUUUUGCAAGAUGUGCAAAAGGAUAUCAUACCUGGUUUAACACAUUGGCAAAGUCCAAACUUCUUUGCUCAUUUCCAGUGUAAUGCAAGUAUUGCAGGGUUUGUUGGUGAAAUGCUUAGCACUGGCUUUAAUGUCGUUGGGUUCAAUUGGAUUUCAUCACCAGCUGCAACAGAGCUAGAAAGCAUAGUGAUGGAUUGGCUUGGAAAAUUGCUAAACCUUCCCACUUCAUUUCUUUUCUCUGGUGGCGGUGGUGGUGUCCUACAAGGAACUACUUGUGAGGCCAUGUUGUGCACACUCACUGCCGCCAGGGACCAAAUGUUAAACAAAAUUGGGAGAGAAAACAUGGGGAAGCUUGUUGUUUAUGAAUCUGAUCAAACCCAUUUUUCACUCCAAAAAGCUGCUAAAAUUGCAGGCAUUAACCCCUCGAAUAUUCGAUCUCUCAUGACCACAAAGUCUACUGCAUUUGGGUUGUCUCCCGAUUCACUAAGGUCAGCAAUUCAAUCAGAUAUUAAAUCUGGGCUAAUUCCAUUGUUUUUCUGUGCCACUAUAGGGACUACUUCAUCAAAUGCAGUUGAUCCAUUGGGGCCAUUAUGUGAUGUAGCAAAAGACUAUAAUAUAUGGGUUCAUAUUGAUGCUGCAUAUGCAGGAAGUGCAUUUAUUUGCUCAGAGUUCCACUAUUUUCUUCAUGGCAUUGACGGUGCUAACUCAUUUAGCCUCAAUGCACAUAAAUGGUUCUUGACCACUUUGGAUUGUUGCUGCCUCUGGUUAAAAGACCCAAGUGCCCUAAUCAAAGCUCUCUCAACUGAUCCUGAGAUUUUGAAGAACGAGGCUUCUGAUUCAAACCAAGUGGUGGACUACAAAGACUGGCAAAUAGCAUUGAGCCGACGAUUUCGAGCAAUGAAGAUAUGGUUCGUUCUUAGAAGCUAUGGAGUAUCAAACCUCAGAAAAUUCAUAAGGGGUCAUGUAAAAAUGGCUAAACAUUUUGAAGGGCUCAUAGCCAUGGACAAGAGAUUCGAGGUCGUGGUGCCUAGAAAUUUUGCAAUGGUUUGUUUUCGGGUUUCUCCAUUAAUGGUGGCAAAUGCUAAUCAGAAGCUUUUAGGUGAAGAAGAUGCAAAUGAAUUCAACAGCAAGCUUUUGGAAUCCAUUAAUGCAGCAGGGAGAGUGUACAUGACACAUGCUGUGGUUGGGGGAGUAUACGUGAUAAGGCUUGCUGUUGGAGCAACACUUACAGACUAUUGCCAUGUGAACAAGGCUUGGAAGGAGAUACAAGAGCAUGCACAUACCAUGCAAAGUUAG